AUGUCUAGAAUACCGCCCAUACCCGGUCAGAUAUUAACAUCGCCGGAACAAUGCCAUUCAUUAAAAAGCUUGGUGCAGGAACUUUGCCAGACGAGAUCGAAAUCUUUUCCUGGAUCACAGCCAGUGUCUUUUGGUUGGAAAUCACUGCAAGCGUUGGAAAGAGAAGACUACUGGGUCUGUGAGAAAUCUGAUGGCGUGCGGUGUCUACUACUUAUCCUGACGAAUGGCACAACCAAUGAGCAAGAGACGUACUUCAUAGACAGGAAGAAUGUUUAUAGACGGAUUCGCGGGCUUUACUUCCCAAAUUAUAAAGAUAGCACUUUGCUUACACCUGCUAAUAAAACUCUCAUUGAUGGCGAAUUGGUUAUCGACCACGAUAAGAAAUCUGGCAAGGAUAAAUUGAGAUACUUGGUGUUCGAUCUGUUGGUGCUCGAAACCGAAGACAUUUACAAUAUGAGAUUGGGCUCCAGAUAUGGUAGACUGAGAUCAUGGGUCGUUGAGCCAUUUCUGAAGUCACUGGCUAAGAGGGGCAAUCCAUCUCAGCCAUUGGAAAUCAAGUUGAAGGUAAUGGAUCUUGCAUACGCUAUCGACCACGUCUUCAAAACACACAUACCAAAUCUCCAACAUGGCAACGAUGGAUUAAUUUUCACGUGUGUUGAGAGUGGAUACGUAUUUGGGACUGACUCAAGAAUCAUCAAGUGGAAAGAUCCAAGCGAGAAUAGCAUUGAUUUCAGGAUAUCGCUGAGGUUCUCAGCGAGUGACGACAAUACAAAUACAUGCGACUUUGCAAAGAAACCGCUGUGCGAGCUUCAACAAUGGGAAGGUGGUAAACUCUACAAUUGGUUUGACAACUGGGAUAUCUCAGAAGAAGAGUGGCAAAACUUCCUCAAGGACGGUAUAGACUUACACAAUAAGAUAGCCGAGUUUAGUUGGAUGAAAAAUGAGGAGAAUUGGAGAUUUCUGCGAUUUCGAGAUGAUAAGAAUGACGCCAAUCAUUCGACCGUCGUUGAAAAAGUCACUGAAUCAAUUGAAGAUGGCGUUGAAGCGCACCAGUUGAUAAGAAAGUCUAGUCGUAUACGAUCAGAAUGGAAAUCACGAGCGCAGCGGCGAGGUAUUGGCAUGCCUGUACAUUCAAAGUCGCCGCCUCAAAGUACAGCUCAGCCCUACAAGCUAAAUACAUAA